UAAUCGUUUCUUCUACACCAGGAAAAAGAGUAGUAAGGUAAGCUCUGAAGGCGAAAAUGGCGGUUUCUCUCCCGAACUCGUUUCUUCAAAUCAAUCCAUGUGUUCCUUCUAUGGAAUUGAGAAAGCCGGCUAUGGCGGCAUUGUUUGGCGGCGGGAAAGGAAAAGGGAAACAAUCGGCGAGAAGCAGCAGCAGCAGCAAUACGCCGGUGGUUCAAAUAACAUGUCGUAAGAAAGAUUUGCAUCCAGAGUUCCACGAAGACGCCAAAGUUUACUGUAACGGAGAGCUGGUGAUGACGACUGGAGGAACUAAGAAAGAGUAUGUGGUUGAUGUUUGGUCAGGUAACCAUCCUUUUUACCUCGGGAACCGCUCGGCUUUGAUGGUUGAUGCUGAUCAAGUUGAGAAGUUUCGUAAGAGGUUCGCUGGGCUUUCUGAGAUUAUGGAGAUUCCUGUUCUUAAAGGUGAGAUUGUUAUGCCUACUAAGAAAGGUAAAGGUCCUGGCAAAGGCAAGAAGAAAUGAUGAGAUAAGUUACUUUUGUUUCUCUUUGGUUAAAAAAAACUUAUGCCUUUGAAUUUGAUACUUGCUUAGGCUGUUAAAUUGUUUAUGUUAAUGCUCUUCUGAAUUGCAAUUUGAUUUAUGUCUUGUUUAUGUGUAAUUCGAGAGUGAGGAUGAAAUCUGGAACUUUGCUAUCUCUAUGUGUGAUUUAGUGAUCUCAGAGCAAUGUUACAACUUA